CUCACCUCCCUGCCCGAAGAGCUCAUCGAUCGCAUCGUCUUUCUUACAGACGCCCGACCCACUCUCCACGCCCUCACGCUCGUUUCAAAAGACCUAAACCGCAUCACAACACCACACCUCUACUCCGCCAUCGCCCUCACAAACACCGAUUUCCAGUACCUGCGGCCCCUUGCAUACCUACUCUGGACAUCGCUGCCCCACCGGGCGCUGGUGAAAGUAUUCUCGGUGCGGAGGGCGUAUGGGGGGAAUCUCGCGCCGUGGCCCCAGUGCGUGGAGUUGGAGGGUGUGCUGAGGGACCAGAUU